AUGUAUCCCUACCCCUACCCGGCAGCCUCGCCCGCCGCCCCGGCGGCGCCGGCCCAGCCCCAACAGCCGCCCGCCGCGGGCCAGGCGCCGACGCACGCCCCCGCCCAGGCGCCGCCGGGCGGGCAGGCCUACCCCGCCGCUUCACAGGCGCCCCAGUACUAUGACCCUUCCCUCUACCAGUCGCAGCCCGCGCAGAUGAACGGUGGGCCAGCGUCCAGCACCCCGUCGGCCUAUCCCCCGGUUCCGUACGCGCCAGCCGCGGCCCCCUCCGCGUCGCUGCCCGCGGUGGUGACGGCAUCCGAACGGAAGCGGCCUUACGAGAACACGGGAGCCGGGCAGGAUGGGAGGGAGCACAAGAGGCCGCAGGUGGAGGCGAGCAACGGCGCAGACCGGGAGACGGUUUACAGGAUUUUGGUGCCCGCCAGCAGGGUGGGCGCGGUGAUAGGGAAGCAGGGGGCGAUCGUGAGGGAGAUCCGGCUGCAGACCAAGUCGAGGAUCCGGGUGUGCGAGGGCGUGCGGGAAUGGGAGGAGCGCGUGGUGGUGGUGUCGGCCAAGGACGCGUCCAGGGAGGACACCAACCAGGCGCAGUGCGCGCUGAUGGAGGUGCACAAGCGGGUGCUGGACGCGCGGCAGAGCGUGAAGCCCGAAGGGGAGGGCGAGGCGGCCAACCCGGGCCAGCUGUCCACCAGGAUGCUGGUCAACCGCACGCAGGCGGGCAGCAUCAUAGGCAAGGGGGGCUCCAUAAUCAAGAACAUCAGGGAGACCACGGGCGCCAGCGUCAAGAUACUGCCCCCAGAGGACCUACCCCCUUGCGCACUGCUCAACGACCGGGUCGUCCAGAUCACCGGGACCACCGAACAGCUGACAGCUGGGGUGGUGAUGGUGGCCAGGCAGAUCAGGGACAAUCCCCCAAAGGAGAUGCCCGGCGGGCCGCCCCCGUCUGUGCCUGUCCUGAACGAGUUCUAUACCUACCCACCAGCCGCCUACCCUCCACCCCAGCCCCUCCAGUACCCUCCGCAUCCCCACCAAGGGGUUCCGCCGCCAGCGCCAGUCUACCAGCCCCCAGUGCCGAGCUAUGCGCCUGCUUACGCUCCUCCUAUGCAGCCUGCGCAGCCUCAAGUGCAGCCGCUCAAGGUCACGCCCCCUGUUCCUGCCCCUGCCCCCCCCCUCAGCCUGCAGCCACAGUGGCGCCAUAUCCAUACCCGGCGCUUCCUGCAGGCCAGGUUUAUCCAUCGGGCCAGCAGUAUCAGCAGCCACCCCAGCCAGCCCCAGCUGCUGUGGCCCAGCCGCCAGCCUAUGGAGCACAGGCAGCCCCCCAGCAGACAGCCCAGAGCACUGCUGCGUACUACGGCCAGGCAGGGUACCAGACUGGCUACCAGACCAGCUACCAGUGAGGAAGACGCUUGUCAGAUGUAG